AUGGUAUUUUACGAGACUUUCGUGCUAUUGUCCAAGCGUAUGCAACGCGCGGACAUUCGCCAAGUUCUCAAGCAGCAACAGACUCUCAUUGAAAAACACAGCGGCAGUAUGCUGGCUGUUCGCGACCUUGGCUGGAGGAAAACUGCUUUCAGAAUCAUCAAGCCACGCCAAGGUAUUUUCUGGUUCGGACGUCUCUUUUACUUCUCCUUCGGCACGAACCCGGCAGCGAUCGUGGAGAUGUCUCAGGCGCUUCAGUCGACCAAUGGCGUCUUGAGGCAUACGACGACGCGCAUGAAGAAACGACACAACUUAAUGACUUACAACCAUUACAUUCAUGCCAGAGACUGA